CAGUUCCAAUUACUCUGACCGGCGCUGGAACUGCUACCAGCGGCUCGCCAUUCCUUUCGUAAAAUUCUGCUUCAAGACAUCCGCGAGACGGCGUUCGUCAACUCGAUGACGGCUGCGGGAGUGACGUACGCCAUCACGCAGGCGUGUAGCAUGGGCCAGCUUCUGCAGUGCACCUGUGACUCGUCAACGCCACGACACGCCCCACCCGACCAUCCAGGUGAAUGGCAAUGGGGUGGCUGUGGCGACAAUAUAGACUUCGGGUACACAAAAUCUAAAGAAUUCAUGGAUGUAAAGGAUAAACGAAAAAGUGACCUUAAAACACUGGUCAAUAUGCAUAACAACCAGGCUGGUCGUUUGUCAGUGAAGAAUUUCAUGCGGACGGAAUGUAAGUGUCAUGGUUUAUCCGGCUCGUGCACGUUGAAAACCUGUUGGCGAAAAAUGCCCAUCUUCCGCGAAGUCGGAAAUCUGUUGAAAGAAAAGUUUAACGGAGCUGCUCGCGUGAUGGCGGGUAACGAUGGACUUUCGCUUAUUCCCGCAGAGGGUAAAACGAUAAAACCGCCCCAAGAAAUGGAUCUCAUAUACUCCGAGUCUUCUCCAGACUUCUGCGAGGCUGAGAAAAAUACAGGUUCUUUGGGGACACACGGUCGAGAAUGCAAUCACACGUCUAUUGACGUCGGAGGCUGUGAUCUCUUAUGCUGCGGCAGAGGCUAUCAAAAAUUCCAGCAGACGGUGAGAAGAAACUGCAAGUGUCGAUUUCACUGGUGCUGCGAAGUGGAAUGCGAGAUCUGUCGCAGCAUCGAGACUGUUUACAAAUGCAUAUGAAGACUGGUUGACUCGCGCACACCGCGUUGCCAGAAGUUUCCUAUAGCCAAGUGAAUCUCUGGCGAUAUGCUUAUAUUCUCUCAUCAAGCGCUUUCGAAAAGCAACCUUGGAGCUUGACAGGUGGUGCUGUUGUAUCACGGAAUGUGACAUUCAUGCGUAGUCUAACAAAGUAUAACUUGCUACUCGCUGGCAGUCUAUGUAUGCAUAAAUGUUUGCCUGUAGGUGGGUGCAGCGAAAUAUACUACCCAUCGUAUUAAUGGUGAUUCAUGUCAUCGAGUGCGUAGCAUCUAGCUGUAAUACCUGUUGAUCGGAGUCGUCGUCAUUUCCCGAUGUAGCACGCAUAUACUAUAGCCGGCUAUUAGCCUGACGUGAAUGCGUGUAAUAUUUUAUACCGUCUGCGUUGGUCUGUAUUAAUUUACUUUAUGCCAUGCUAUGAUGAAUAAACAAUGUUUUAUAUGUGUUUACGACUCCCCUAUAAUCAAUCUGGUAGUAAGGAAGUUGAUACAGUCAAGAUUUGGGAACGCUUUAUAAUGACCCAUGAGCUACUGCCAUAAUGUGGUACCGACGAGAUCAUAGUGGUACCCAGCAGUGCAUCUGAGUGGUUUUCGCUUCGAGUGAAUCGCACAGUUACGAAACAGGACUGAUUGCGCUUCGAAUUGGUUACACUCGAACUGAUCAUCAGUAGACAACCAGAACAUUGCUCUCAAUUCCCGCAUUGAUUCCAUUCACGAAAGGUUUGAUGAUACGUUAAAAUAAAAAAGGCAUUAGUAAAUAACACGAUCGAUUGAUAUUCGAUUGAAUGAUACCACGAUGAUCCUUUGCCCUUUUUUCGGUCCGUUUAGUUUUUCGUUUAUUAGCAUAUCAGUGUGCAGUUUAUACCGUUGAGGCGGCUGCUGCUACUGCUGCUGCUAUCAAAAUAUUUACGUUAGCAUAUGGUUACUUAACCCUACUUAACCGCAUGCAACGUAUCAACCCUUCUUUGUAGCUCUUACAUUCAGCAUCAACAAGCGUGGUUUCUUUAUAAUUAACUUGGCACUCACGGCGCGUUUGAAAUUUCAACCUAUGCUAAUGUGUUUUUACGUACGAUGUGUUUUCUGUUUAUUCACAACCGCAGACGUGUGCAUCUCUCUCAGCGUAUAUCGCGUGGGUUUGUAAUGAUAUUGUUUUUAGUAUUUUGUGAUUGAUACUUAUCGGACUCCAAGCAUACGACUAUAUCGAUAAAUGUACCUGUCAGCUCUGCACGUUACGAAGCUGCCAGAGUGAUGGAACCGUCUAUUCGUAAGGUCAUUUAACGCAUCCUUAGGGGUUAAAAUAGUUAUUGAGGGAUCGUCAUGAACCGAACCGAAAAUAAGCCAACAUCAGCAUUGUGAUGCAGGCAGGACCCCCCGGUUUAACCGGUCUUCACCAGACCAACAACAUCGUGAGAGCCAGCCAUCUUCCUGAUGCUAGCGGCGUUUUUAGAAAAUGGUUAUUGUCUGACAUGGUGUGGAAAGAUGCAAAGCGAAGAUGAUAUUCGCUUUACUUCGUUUUGGACCGUAUUGACGCGAACGUCUGGGCUAACGUUAAUCUCGCAAUGACAAAUUAUGUAGGACUGACGAUAUAGCUAUUACGUGUAUUAAAUUAUAUAAUUGCCAUGGAUGUGCAUCCACUGCUCUAUCAUACUGAGGAUUUUGAGUAGAAUCUGUUAGUGCAAUGUAAAGGGAAAUUAAGAGAAAUUCACUCUUUGUCUGUAACUGAAAAAACUAGGGGUGAAUUAACAUUAUCAAAAAUCAGGGAUGAGUCUGUCACUAUAUUCACCUCCUGGUAAAAUCGAAUAUUAUCAUCAUCGUAUAAUUGCGCGUAGACUACUGUAAGUUGUUUAUGGUUAGUCCGACUAUAUAUCUAUAUAUAGUCAAUUAUAAUCGAUAUAAUCGAUAACAGAUUGAAAAGUAGCUUUUAAAGCAGACACGCAAUGUACAUAUCUUGCAACUUUCGUGAUAGCAUGAAUAAACUCGAUCUACUUUAACGAAUAUUCAUGGUUUUGUCUUAAAAAAAUAGGUUUCACAUCUUAACAUAAAAUAUAUUAAUAAUUAUGACGAGUGGGUGAAUAAACGGAGGUGGAAAAUGCCAGUCGGCAUUGUAAACUUACGAAACACCAACUACAACACAUGUAUAUAUUAUCGCUACACAGGAAGCGCAAACAAUUUAAAUUUAUCAUUAUAAGUAUCGACGUAUAAUACCAGAUACGAGUAGGCUGAAAUAUAGCUAAUAAAUCUUUGUUAGAAAUUUAUUUUGCAAACAUUUCAAAAUCGAAUCUCUCUGUGUAGUGGGCGAGAAAGCUGACUAGGCACCUCAUGCAUCAAGUACUCGCUUACUGACCUAGGCACUUAUAGCUAUUAGUUUUAUGUAUAUUUGUAUCUGCUGCUUCAUCAAGUUUAUUUGUAUAUAAGUGUAAAAGAUGCAAGGAGUGGAAUAAAUAUAGCGCUGGCUUCUUA